UAAGUCACAAGGACUUACACAAGAACCCCAACUGCAUGCGGAUGGAGCAAUUCCCCAGGCUUGCGCCUUGCAUGCACUCCCCUGGGCGCUAGCUUAGCAAGCGAGAUGCUCUAAAAUAAUCAAAACUGGCACCCCAACAUUUAUUCAUCACCGCAAUUACGCACGGCUGAUUCACCCCAAGACACCCCCGCGAGAGCAACGGGGAGAAGAUGGGUUUCUCCAGACACUGUCUGUCAGUUUGUGUUCUGGGACUACUCGUCGUUUACGUCUCCACAGUGAGGCCUGAUGGUGACACCUCGUUGAACUUGGCGGCGUUGCUGAGGCGCCUCUCUUCGGGGAUCCUCGUCGGCGGUCAACCCGUCGUGAUUGACAGGCCAGAGGUGCUCACGGGAAACUCACAUGACAAGGAUGAAGAGAGCAACGAAAUCCCCUUACCGCAGCCACAACCUACCCAGACCCCCGAAGAGGAUGAGGAGAGCAACGAAAUCCAUCUGCUUCAGCCACAGCCUACCCAGGCCUCAAACACCCCCGAUCACCAUGACAACCCCAGGCCACCUCUUGGACCUAAGGUCUUGACUAGGUAUGGCAUUAUUCAAGGUCUCACCGUGGAGAAGGCCAAUAUAUUUUAUGGAAUCCCAUAUGCGGAUCCACCAGUGGCUGGCUACCGCUGGAAGGCGCCCAGAACUGUGUCACCGUGGAAGGGAGAGUACGAUGCCACCUUCCCCAGGUCAGCCUGCAUGCAGGGCUGCAUUGGGCCUGUCUCUGUGGAGUGUCCUGCUAAGGUCAGUGAGGACUGCCUUUACCUCAACAUCUUUGUUCCCCUGAGUGUGGACUUCACCUCUCCCGUGCGCACCCCUCUGCCAACGAUGGUGUGGAUCCAUGGCGGGGAUUUCAUCGCCGGAACGGCCACCAAGCCUCUGUACGACGGCCGCUUCAUCAGCAACUUUACCAACACCGUGGUGGUGAGCGUGGCCUACCGCCUAGGGGCCUUUGGUUUCCUGGUUACCGGUAAAGACCCGAAGACGUCCGCUGCAGGGAACUAUGGCAUCUUGGAUCAGCAGGCAGCACUGCUGUGGAUCCAGCAGAACAUAGCCACGUUCGGAGGAGACCCAACCAAGGUGACUAUAUUUGGGGAGAGUGCAGGAGCACAGAGUGUGAGUCUCCACCUGAUGAUCCAGAGCAGCCAGCCCCUCUUCAAGCAGGCCGUAUUCCAGAGCCUGCCCUUCUCCAUCCCCCUCAAGACUAGGCAUGAUGCCCUGAAACUGGGAAAGGACUUUGCCAAGCAGGCCAACUGCUCAGUGGAGGACAUUGUGUGCCUGCUGUCCCUCAGUCCUCAGGCCGUCCUCACUGCACAGAUGAAGUCUAGUGCCAAGGUGGUGAACCCGUUCCGCUUCCUGGAGAUCUUUGAGAGCUGGGGGCCCUACAUCGACGGAGAGCUGAUCAAAGAGCAGGCAGUGACUGCUUUCCAGAAGGGGCACUGGCAGAAAGAGAAGCCUGUGUUGCUGGGCACCACAUCAGAGGAAGGGGUGAUAUUCGUGUACGGGGUAUUCACCAAGCCGGUGAGUCCUGUGGAGUGCACGGUGUACGCCACGGCCAUCUUCAAGCAGCACACUCUCAAGAUCCUGCGCAAGUACCUGCCGCUCUACAGGGAUGCUGACCGCAGAAACAUGCUCUCACAGAUCGUGACGGACUACGUCUUCCUGUGCCCGUCGCGUCACGCGGCUCGCUCCGGCGUCUCGGACGGCAGCUCGGUGUGGAUGUACGUCUUCGACCACGUGGCCAGCGACCCGGCCGUCUGGUCCGGCAUGUCCAUGUGCUUCAAGCACGUGUGCCACGGCGCCGAGAUCCCCUUCCUCUUCAACUCGGGCCCCGUGGGCAACUUCUCGCUCACCGUGCCCGAGCACCUGCUGUCCAAUCGCAUGCUGUGCUACUGGGGGGCGUUUGCGCAUGGCGCCGACCCCAACUCGCGCCACCAGCAGAGCCGCUUCUGCCGCGAGCAGAGGCCGCCCGUCUGGCCACAGUACUCGGCAGCGACCGGCUGGCUCGCCAUGAACCUGACCGUCAGGUCGCACGCCCAGGCCGGGCAGAGAGACGACAUCUGCGACUUCUGGGACAAGCUGGGCAUCUACUGAGAAACCACCACCCUGAUGCACUGAACGCUCCCUGAUCUUUUGACACCCCCUCCCCAUUCCUGUCUUGCAAUCUCCAUACACCAAAAAAGGAGACAAUCCUCUAGCACUGUCUGUAUGCACUCUGCCUCAUGAAGGUUUAAGACCGAAAGCUAAGUCCAGAAAGAAGGUCUAAGUCCAGUAAAGCUUUGCACAUAAAAAGACCUGAA